AUGACGAUCGCUCAUAAUCUUACCAUAGCCAAGAAUAAUGUUAUUUUACUCACCUUACAGGGUCGUGUGAGGACAAAGACGGUAAAAAAGGCCGCACGUGUUAUUAUUGAGAAGUAUUAUACCCGACUUACGUUGGAUUUCCACACAAAUAAACGAGUAUGUGAGGAAAUUGCCAUAAUUCCAAGCAAAAGGCUGAGAAAUCAGAUUGCAGGGUUUGUAACACAUUUGAUGAAAAGAAUUCAGGGGGGACCUGUGCGAGGUAUCUCAAUCAAACUUCAAGAGGAGGAGAGGGAACGAAGGGAUAACUAUGUUCCUGAGGUAUCGGCAAUUGAACAAGAUAUUAUUGAGGUUGAUCCAGAAACCAAGGAGAUGUUGAAAGUCUUGGACUUUGGAAACAUUGCAAAUCUUCAAGUGACGCAGCCAAUCACAGCGACCACGAGUUUCCGUCCAGGUGGCUUUGGGGGACAACGAUAAAAGUCUUCAUGUAUCAAUUCACUAUUGUAAUAAAAUCUUCUCAAUAGUAUCUUUUUGUCUUAUGGUAGUUUUCAAAGUUAAAAACCAUUUUUAAAAACCA